AGAAAACGUGUUCCGAGAGUGCGGCUCGCGAAAAAGGGCGCGCGCUGAAUCCGUACCGUAGUGAACCAUCCCCAAUCUCACGAAACACGAAAGUGCCCGGAAACCUUUCCACCGGAGUGCCUGUGCCGUUUAGUGUCUGUGAGUGACGUGUGUUUGACGCAACCCCUAGUCGCCGGGAACCUUCUGGAAAAACGCGUUGACAGGCGACGAAACAGCAACCCCGUUGGCCGGUAUAGGAAGCAGCGGACCGCAAAGAAAAUGCGACGAAUUGCGACGGCCCUGCUGCUGGUGGUUGCCUUGGCCGUGACCGCCACCUUUGCAUAUCCAUCAGCGAGCUACGGAGCGAAGGAGAAGGAAUCCGACGCGUCGGAUGAUGCGGAGUACGUGGUGGUGCCCCUGUCGGCGCAGCGUCCGACCUACUACAACCGCUACCCGUCGUCGUUCGAGGGCUUCGACGGAGUGAUCGAUACGGCCGACUUUGCUCCGGUCCCCGUCCGGCCCGUCUACUUCCCGUCGUACAAUCCGUUUUCGUGGCAUCUGUCCGGAUACCUGGACGAUAUCCUGAAGCGUAUGCGGGACCGCUUUGCCGGCUCGUGGAAUCCGUUCUUCAGCGGCAUUCCUUCGGCGGGCGACUUCGUUCCUUCGGGUCCGGGUAUUUGGCCGGCCGAUGGGAUUCCCGAUGAUUCGGCGGAAGAUGGCAACACCAACUCGACUUCCACCGUGAAGGUGAUCGACGGACACAAGGUUGUGAUCAAUGAUACGUACUACACGAAAAAGACCGAGUUCGGUACUUCGAUCUUCAAGGUGCGCGUGAUCGACGUGAAGCCGGCGGGUGACGAUAGCGCUAGCGAGCCGACCGAAAAGCCCAAGGAAACGCCAACCGAGGUGGAAACGGGCAACCGGAACGGGGCGGACGACGAUGUGGAGAGGAAACCGGCCGUUCCGGCCACCGAGGCUCCGAAGCGUGACACGGAGUUGGAGUCGAGCGAUGAGGAGAAAACGACGGCCGACGACAACCUGAACACGAUCGACUCGGCCGGUGACAUCGAUGGCCCGAAGCCGAAGGAGUCGGAGGCACCGGCUGACGGGAAGCCGGAGUCCUCCGCACAGUGGUCGGGACUGGAGUCGUUCGAGGCGGCCUCGCGGCCACUAGAGAAUCUCAGUGCGUCUCCGGAAAUGGCCGCCCAGCGGAACCGUGACAAUAGUGAGCUGCUCGAAUCGAGCUCGGAGGAAGAAACGGACGAUGGCCCGGCGCAGCGGCCCCUGUCCGACGAGUGGCCCCAACCGUGGAUGCCGGACGAUCGCAAACGGAUCAUCGUAUCGAACCGGUUCGACAAUCGGAUCAACGCGAACCAGCAGCAAUCGAACCCGUCGCCCGGCGUGCACGACCUAUCGAACGAUAUCGCCAUCAACUUCCGGUUGGCCAUGGACAAAACCGUCACGGCGAACCCGAACGCGAUCGUGUUCAAUCCGAACGAUCCACCGGCGGUCGUCGUACAGCAGGAUCCGUUCCCGUCGCCGCCAGGAGGUCCAGUUUUCCCCGGUGUCGGUGGUCGGCCCACGAUAGGCUUCCCUUCACAGCAGCCACCAGGAGGUGCUGGGUUCCCGCGUCCAGCAUUCCCCGGAUUCCCCGGACCGUUCGGUGGAGGCCAGUUCCCGGUGCAACCGUUUCCGAUGCAGACGCCUAUUUUCGGCGUACCGAUGGGGCCGCAGGGAGCGGGAACAAACUUUGGCGUACCGCAAAACCCUCAGGUGCCGCCAUUUUUCUUCGCAAACGGACCGUUCGGUCGCCCGUAACGGGCUGGCGGCCGUCGGAAAGCUUCACCACUUCUGCUAGCACAUAAGACACGUUUAUUUAUUUAUUGAGCUAAAUUAUUUGACUCAUGUUAGUCGACCAGCACAGCCGGGGGACGGCGUAGACGUAACUCUCUCUCUCUUUGGGGGUGCCCGGGGACAAGAGUUUGAUAGGUGGCAAUGAGGGAAGCGAGUAAAGUGAGAUUGGAUGGUGGGCUGAUAGGAUGCAUUUGUCGAGUCCGGCCUUCCACCAUCGACCAAUACCAAAGAAGUUUGCUUGCUUCUUCGGGAAAUGUAGAGCGUAAGAACAGCAUCCUCGAAAAGAGGUGAACCAUCCGAAGGGCUACUUCUGGUGGCCGGUGCCCGGACUCGGGCGGACUGUGGCCCUGGCAGCAAGAGCGAGCGAGGAGAUUUUACCGUUCAUUGGAUAAUAAUUUAUUUACAACAGUUUCGGACAUUCUUCGUUCGUGUGGCUUAAAACUUUUCCAUCAACCUGCCAGACGCGCAACCGAUGCCCACUUGUGUGUCUCGUCCGGAAUGGAAGUAAUUUCGUCGAAAAAGCUGCGAGAAUUGGCCAGGGCCAAAAGAACAAAAAAAAAAGAUUUCCAAUAAAUUCUUCGCUUCCA